AUCCAGCUUGGGCCCAGCGACUGCUCCAACAGCUUUCCCUGGCUCUUCCCCUCGAGACAUGGGGUUUGCCCAAGAUGGAUGCCAAUCUCUCACUUCCAGCAUCUUUGCUUCCUUCCACUUCAGCACCCUGAUGGGUCUCAGCUGCCUCUUCUUUACUUUCCCGUGCAGCUGGCUGGCCCUCCAUGUGUCCUGGGCCUUCCCCACCAUCUCCGGCCUCCUCUUCAUCCCAACCAUUAUCUACUUUCUCCUCACCAGUUUCACAGACACUGGAAUCCUCCACAAAGGCAUUGAAGAAGAACUGGUGAACCAGGCCUUCACCAUGAAAGACCUCAACCAGCACUGGUGCAACAAGUGCCAGCUCUACUGCCUGCAGCACACCUUCCACUGCUCCUGGUGCAACACCUGUGUGGAGGAAUUCGACCACCACUGCAUGUGGGUCAACAACUGCAUUGGCUACCACAACCUUCGCUUCUUCAUCUUCUUUGUGGCCUUCCUGAGCGGCUACGACCUGGCGGUGCUGGCUUCCUGCCUGGUCUACCUGGCAUUCAACUCCCAGCAGGUUUUCAGCGUGGAAAAGAUCUGCACAGUGCUGGUGACCAUCCCAGCCGCAUUCUACCUGGUGCCUCUGCUCCUCCUGGUUUGCACCCAGAUCCGCUACAUCUUAGCUGCUCAUCACAGCUGCAAAUUCCAGGCUCUGUCCUUCAAGCAACCUUUGGCCUUGAACUGGCAGGACUCAGGGUGGUGCAAAAGGCACAGAAACAAGUGCGUGACUCGGGGCUCAGGGCUUCGCCAUCCUUCCUCGGGGGUGACCUCCGGGUACAGAGUGAGGUCCUCUGGAGCGAUGGCCCUGGGGGCCGCCGAGGCCGCUGAGCUCUGCCACGUCCCCUGGGUCUCCAGCAUGGGUUCGGCCAUCCCCGGCUCCUGCCCUCACAGCUGCUCCCAAGACCUGUCCCGCCAGCAGAAGGUGCUCAAGGCUUGGCGCCACUUCCUGUCCGCCAUGGGGAGCUUUCUGCACCGAGAGGGUCCCAGGCUGGGAGGAGCGUCGGCGGAAAAGGCAGAGAAGCAGGUUGGCAAGAAGAAAUCCAACUGGCAAAUGAACAGCCAAGAGAGGAUGGUGGAGAUCCCAAUUCCCGACAUGCUGGAUUCUGUGGAGCUUCUGGAUCCGGAUCAGGACCUGCACUGGAAAUGCCAGAUCCACGGGAGCCGGAGACCUGCUUCCUCUCCCACGGCCACCCUCCUCUCCGUGUCCGAUAUCUGA